AUGCAAAAACAACGGUGGUACAUAGCGGAUAAUGGGGUAUAUUCUAAGUUGAUAUCAGUUAUGGGAAAAAAGGGCCAAACUCGGAUGGCCAUGUGGCUUUUUUCUGAGAUGCGUAAUAGUGGUUGUAGGCCUGAUACGUCAGUCUACAAUGCACUGAUCACUGCCCACCUUCACUCCCGGGAUAAAUCCAAGGCGUUGGCCAAGGCUCUGGGGUACUUCGACAAGAUGAAGGGAAUGGAGCGUUGUAAACCCAGUGUUGUGACAUAUAACAUUCUUUUGCGAGCUUUUGCUCAGGCAAAAAAUGUUGAUCAGGUUAAUGUUUUGUUUAAAGAUCUGAAUGAGAGCAUUAUGGCCCCAGAUAUCUUCACAUUUAAUGGUGUGAUGGAUGCCUAUGGGAAAAAUGGGAUGAUAAGGGAAAUGGAACUGUUUCCCAUCGAUUCCUCCACUUACAAACUUCUUUACAAAGCCUAUACUAAAGCUGACAUGAAGGAACUACUACAGAAAUUGUUGACGUGUAUGGACAGAGAUGGCAUUAUCCCGAACAAAAGGUUUUUCCUCGAUGCUUUGGGUGCCAUUGGGUCUUCACCUGAAAACCAAAAGUCAGCAGACAGACAGACUGUUCAAAGGCAUAGUGAUGUCUGGAUGGAUCUCAUAUGUCUUUUUAUCUAUCUGUGUCUAUGCUGA